AUGAUGGGACGGCAUUGGCGUGCAAGACUCGAAGAUUGGUUCAAGGGAGAAUUUCAUGGGGAGACACGAGUUGGAUUUUGGCAUCCAGAGUUGAGAGCAGUACGGGCAAGGGUUGGAAAGGAAUGGGUACAGACCACGUCGAUUCUUUGCGUCUGUAUCUUGGGAGUCCUCUCCCUCUUCUGGGGUUCACUCUUCACCGUCCAUGACCACCUACAUGCCCUCGAUGUCUGGAUUGUCAAUCUCGAUGGCCAGGUCGCGCCUUACAUGGAUGAGCAGAACUUUUCAAUCGUCGGUCCAGCAAUUGUAGAGGCGGCAAAGACGAUGCAGGCGUCUCCACAUCCACAUAUAAGUUACCGUAUCAAAUCACCGGCAGACUUCCACUACAACCCAAUGGAAGUCCGGGAAGCCAUCUACAACAACAAGGCAUUCUCGGCCAUCAUCGUCAAUGCCAAUGCUUCAAGUCUGCUCCGUGAAGCUGUCACUCAAGGAAACUCAUCAUAUGAUCCUAAAGGCGCAUGCCAGACAAUCUAUGUCGAGGCACGCGAUCAAGUAGCCAUCGACAGCUACAUCAUCCCCGAGCUAAAUGCAUUUCAGCAUUUCAUAUCCUCAUCAUUUGCAGCGCUCUGGGUGCCAGAGGUUCAAAAACUGUUGAGCAAUGUCACAGAACCCACAACACUUCCACCCCAGGCACUCUCCCCUGCAAUCGACUUCACCACCAUCAAUCUUCGCCCCUUCGGUCCCUCACAAGUUACACCUGCAGUGACCGUCGGACUAAUUUACCUCAUCAUCAUCGCGUUCUUCUCGUACACGUUCUUCUUGCCGACACACACCCUCUUCGUCAUACAGACCAGCCCUGGCUCCACUGAACACCACCGUAAGCUUUAUUUCGGCCAGCUAAUGCUCUGGAAGUAUAUGUCCACAUUUAUCGCAUACGCAUUCAUGUCGCUCUUCUACUCCUUGGUCAGUCUUGCAUUUGAGAUACCAUUUUCCUCCCAGCCGAUGUCCCACGUCGAACCACCUCCCCCAGGAACAUCGGUCAACGGAUAUGGCCACGCAUCAUUCGUCGUGUACUGGGCCAUCAACUAUCUCGGCAUGUGCGCCCUCGGGUUCGCGUGUGAGAAUGUGGCCAUGGUGGUGGGACAGCCAUUCACGGCCAUCUGGCUCAUUUUCUGGGUCAUCUCCAAUGUCUGCACGGCGUUCUACCCACUUGAACUGGCGGCUGGGGUGUACAAGUAUGGUCUGUUCUUUCCACUCUACAACGUGGUCAAGGCUACGCGGAUUAUACUCUUUGACCUCACCAAGGAACACAUGGGACGACACGUUGGUAUCCUGGUAGCGUGGUGGGCCGUUAAUACUUUGCUGUUCCCCCUCGCCGCCAGAGUGUUCAGGUGGAAGGCUUGUGCGAGCAUAGAGGAGGCCAAGUACAAGGCCGAACAGGAACGGGCCAAAAGACCAGCGCUGGAUCCCGAAAAGGCGUCGACCGUCCCAUCGAAUGAGAACGGGAGUGGCGAAGGGUCAGAAACUGAGUGA